UUUUAUUGUCACUCCCUCUAUGGAACGGCUCCACAUCUCUUUCGCUAAGGCCAUCACUCUCCUGGUCUUGUGGCUCAUCACCAUUCUCACUCUCGUUGCAGUGGCACUAAUAUGUGCCUUCGCCUUCCAUCUUAGCGGCAUUGUUGUUGGCAGUAUCAUCGUCGUUUGCAGCCUCAUCGCAGUGGUCGGUCUGGUUGCUCGUAGGUGGAUAGUUGUCGAACGCGAUAUCACGAUCUCUGAGUACUACGGCAAGGAAGACGACCCUGUUAGGUCUUCUUCUACUGUCGCUGAUGAGGCUAUUGCUACUGCAGUGUAGAUACAUGAAAGCAUGAUCGUGGGUUUCGCGCGACGAUGUGAAAACUGGCAAAGUUUCUGAUUGUUGUAACUUUGCUGUUGUCUUUGCGUGCUGCUAGCAACAGUGUUUCGCUUUCGCGGAAUCUGUCUCGACUGCUAUCGUUACUCUCUCACGGUUUUUCAUCUCGUUACCUGUAUCAUGUUUUUGAGCACAUCGUCCCCGUACACGGCUCGUCGAUUACGUAAUUAGGAGGUCUAUCCUGUUGUUGCACCGUCACGGUGGUGUGCACCCUACCGAGAUAUCUUGCCGUGUUUUUUACUCGCUAAUCUUUGUAGUCGUCGUGAACUCACUCUCAUGCUAGCCGUCAUAGUCCAGGUGGGACUCUUAUUAUCCGUGUUUUCGCUGUACCAGUACUCGUCUAUUGUCAAUACCUCAUGUUAUGCUAUUAGGAGACUCUCUUUGAAAGAGGGUCGUUAUUGUGGAGGACAAUCACAUUUAUUGCUCAAGUCUGCUGUACUUUGUAGCAUACCCUAUAAUUAUCGUCGUCAUCACGAACACCGGCCACUUUU